GGACGUAAUGCAACAUUUAGUUAAGAUAAUAAUACAGAUUUUCAGACCCUAGGGCUUCUGAGCUGCAGCCAGUGAUAUCUAUCUUGUUGCAAGAGAAUGGGAGAAGCUCAGAGGUUGUGGAUCUCUAAAGAGAAAAUCGUACAGUGCCUCAUAAUGGUGCUUGUUUGGAAAGCAGUUUCUGGAAAUAUUCAUUAUUCCAUUCCUGAAGAGAUGCAAAAAGGCUCUUUCGUGGGGAAUAUUGCAAUGGAUCUAGGAAUGGAUGGAAAUCAUCUUUCGGAUCAUGGACUACGGAUUGUAAACAGCAAAGGUAUGAUUCAGUAUUUUACUCUGAACUACCAUAAUGGUUAUUUACAAAUCUCUGAGAGAAUAGACAGAGAAGAAAUCUGUGGUGAAACAGAGAAGUGCCUGUUAAUUUUUGAGGUUAUAAUUGAGAGCAAAAUAGAAAUCUAUAGCAUUGAAGUGGAAAUUACUGAUAUAAAUGAUAAUGCUCCUCACUUCACAUCAGGAAAACAGGAACUGAAAAUCAGUGAGAUUUCUGCUCCUGGAUCUCGGUUUCCUUUACGUGAAGCUCAAGACCCAGAUCUGGGCAUAAAUUCAAUACAGAGUUACCAACUCACAGGCAGUAGUCAUUUUUCCCUUGAUGUGCAAAUAAGAGAAAAUGGUGCCAGAUUUGCUGAGCUGGUACUGGAAAAAAAUCUGGACCGAGAGGACCAAUCAGUUUAUGAUAUGAUCCUUACAGCUGCUGAUGGAGGUGAUCCAAUCAAAACUGGCACAGCGCAAAUCUCCAUCUUUGUGCUAGAUACAAAUGACAAUGCACCCAUUUUCAGCCAAGCAUUCUAUGAAGUGAGUAUCAAAGAAAACAUACCCAAAUGGUCCACAGUGGUUACAGUAAGAGCCACGGAUCUGGAUGAAGGAACCAAUGGAGAGGUAAAGUACUCUUUCAAAAAAAUCACAAACAAGGUAUCCAAAAUGUUUUUAUUAAACUCAACAACUGGUAUAGUAACCCUGAUAGGAAAUCUUGACUAUGAGGAAGCAUCCUCAUAUGAAUUUGAGGUGAGUGCUGAGGAUGGAGGAGGACUGAGUGAUUGGUCAAAAGUUGUCAUUAUAGUUGUGGAUAUUAAUGAUAAUGCACCUCAACUAGCUAUAACCUUUUCCAUCAAUACCAUCCUGGAAAAUUCACUACUAGGAACCAUAAUUGCUGUUUUAAAUGUGCGAGAUGAAGAUUCAGGAAUCAACGGGGAGGUCACUUGCUCAAUUCCCAGCAACCUCCCAUUCCAGCUGAAAAAAUCUCUAGAUAGGUUCUACAGUUUGGUGACACGUGACAACCUUGAUCGGGAGGAGAAGUCAAACUACAGCAUCACUAUUACAGCUACUGAUCAUGGGACUCCAUCACUCUCUGCAUCUACUGUUAUAUUACUUCAGAUUCUAGACACAAAUGACAAUCCACCACACUUUGAGAAAGCAACCUAUGGGUCUUAUUUCCAGGAAAACAAUGCAAGAGGAGCCUCAAUCUGUACCCUAAAAGCAAGUGAUGCAGACUGGGAAGAGAAUGCCAGAAUCAGUUACUCCAUCGUUGAAGAUCAGAUGGGUGACUCUUCUUUAUCCUCCUACCUCUCCAUUAACUCUGAGACUGGGGUUGUUUAUGCCUUAAACUCCUUAGAUUAUGAAGAGAUUAAAGAGAUUAACUUCUGGGUGAAGGCCCAGGAUGGAGGCUCCCCACCCCUCAGCUCCAAUGUCUCUGUGACCUUCUUCAUCCUGGAUCAGAAUGACAAUGCGCCAGAAAUCCUGUACCCUUCCCCUCCCACCGAUGGCUCCACUGGGAUAGAGCUGGCCCCUCACUCCUCAGAGCCUGGUUACCUGGUCACUAAGGUGGUGGCCGUGGAUGCAGAUUCUGGCCAGAAUGCUUGGCUCUCCUACCAGUUGAUCAAGGCUACAGAGCCAGGACUUUUCACUGUGGGACUCCACACUGGAGAGAUCAGGACAGCCCGCUUCUUCCUGGAAAAAGAUGCCCUCAAGCAAAGCCUGGUGAUUUUGGUCAAGGACAAUGGGCAACCAUCUCUUUCUGCCUCAGUCACAAUCACAGUGGUACUGGCUGACAGUUUCCCUGACGUAUUGACUGAUUUAAACCGCAUCUCAACUCCUGUCGAUCCUCCUUCAGACCUCACGUACUAUCUGGUGGUUGCUGUGGCUUUUGUCUCCUGCUUGUUCUUCACCUUCCUCCUUGGUUUGCUCGCCAUCAGAUUGCAUAAAUGGAGAAAAUCUCAAUUCUGUGACAAUGGAAGUGUGCGUUUCAGUGGUGUUCCUGUCUCCCAGUUUGUGGGAAUCGACGGAGUCCGAGCGUUCCUUCAGUCUUAUUGCCAUGAAGUUUCAUUGACUUCAGGCUCUCAAAAAAGGCUCUCCCAGAUUCUUUUUCCUAUUGGAAGCUGUACAAAUACACUGACGCCACAGCAGGCUGCUAAUAAACCGGAUCCUUUGUUAAUAACUGGUGAUCUGAAUAUCUUUCAGGAGGAAGCAGCUGCCACUCAGGUGAGCAUUUGA